AUGUCUCUCUACCGCAUCGGCGUCGACGUCGGCGGCACCAACACGGACGCCGCCAUCCUCGACAUCCACGCCCUCAACCAGCCCUCCCGCGGCGUCCUCGCCUCGCACAAGGCGCCCACGACGCCCGACAUCACGAGCGGCAUCGAGGCCGCCAUCGCCGCCGUCCUCGAGAGCUCCGCCGUCGACCAGCGCCGCGUCCUCAGCGUCACCAUCGGCACGACGCACUUCAUCAAUGCGCUGAUCGAGGCCGACGCCCGCAGACUCGACCGCGUCGCCGUCGUGAGGCUCUGCGGCCCCUUCACGCGGCAAAUCCCCCCCUUCUCCGGGUUCCCCGUCGGCCUGCACGGCGUCCUCGACGGCGGCGCCUACUACCUCGACGGGGGGCUCGAAAUGGACGGCCGCCACAUUGCGCCCCUGCGCGAGGAGCAGGUUCGAGCGGCGGCGCGGGACAUUGUCGCGUCCGGCGUCGGGGCCGUGGCCGUCGUCGGCGUCUUCUCCCCCCUGGACCACGACAACGUCUAUGAGAAGCGGUGCAGGGCCAUCCUCCGCGACGAGGCGCCCGCGCUGCGCGUCGUCUGCUCGCAGGACAUUGGGCCGACCGGCUUCGUGGAGCGGGAAAACGCCACCAUCCUCAACGCUGCUAUCCUGCGGACCGGGCACCGGGUCAAGAACGGCUUCAAGCGCGCCGUGGGCCGCCUCGGCCUGGCCUGUCCGCUGUAUCUUUCCCAAAACGACGGCACCCUCAUUGAUGCCGAGACCGCUGCUGACUUUCCCAUCAAGACGUUUGCGAGCGGGCCGACCAACAGCAUGAGCGGAGCGGCCUUCCUCGCCGGCCUGGAUCGGCAUGGCGCCGGCAAGGGCCCGGUGGUGAAUGGCGUCGAGUCGAAGCUGCCCGGUGUUGGCGAUGCUCCUGCCAACGACGCCGUCGAGCCUCAGGUUCUCGUCGUCGAUAUUGGAGGCACGACCACGGAUGUCUGCGCGCUUCUGCCCUCUGGCUUUCCGCGUCAGGCCCCCGGCUUUGUGGAGGUCGCCGGUGUCCGAACCGCCUUUUCCAUCCCCGAAGUCGUCUCGAUUGGCCUGGGCGGCGGCAGUAAAGUCACGCUUGACCCGGACUCGCCGCAGUCCGUGUCCGUCGGCCCCGGGUCCGUAGGCCACGAGUUGCUGUCCCAGGCCAAGGUCUUUGGGGGCCCUACGCUGACCGCCACCGACAUUGUCGUCGCCGAGGGCAGGGCUUCUCUCGGCGAUGCCUCGCUGGUCAAGGACGUGGCUGCUGAGCUGCGCGAGGGCGGCCGCAGGGGCAUCAAUGCGCUCCUCGAGACCGUCAUCGACAAGAUGAAGGUGUCGACGGCGCCGGUGCACGUCCUCCUCGUCGGCGGCGGCUCCAUCCUGGUGACGGAGAAAAUCGCCGGCGUCGACAAGUGCAUCGAGCCCAUCCACCAGGGCGCGGCCAACGCUGUCGGCGCGGCCAUUGGCAAAAUCUCGGGCGAGGUCGACACCGUGGAGAUCCUGGAGGGCAAGGAUGAAAAGGCAGUGAUUGCCGCGGCGUGCCAAAGGGCCAUUGACCAGGCCAUUGCCAAGGGGGCCCGGCCGGACGACGUCAAGAUUGUCGAGGUGAACAAGAUGCCGCUCCAGUACAUGUCGCAGGUGACGAUCCGGAUCCAGGUCCGGGCCGUGGGGACCCUAGCUAUUCCUGACGACGUGGCUUUGUUCGAGGCGCCUGGGAGCGGCGACGAGGCAGAUGGCCACGAUGACGAGCAAGACGAGGGCGAAAAGGUCGGCGUUCCGAAUGCCCUCCACCCGACGACCAAGCCUUCGCUGGGGGUCGACUUGGCCACCUACCGCCCGGACGUGCGAGGCGGCACAUGGUACCCGUCGGAUAUCGACCUCGAGCUCAUUUCCACGGGGUGUGCCAUCUUGGGCACCGGCGGCGGCGGCCCAACGUACUACGAGUACUUGAAGAGUCUGCAGUGUCUGAGCAGCAAUGACAAGGGCCGGAUGCGCAUCGUCUCUCCCAAGUCGUUGAGGGACGAUGCUGUUGUAUGCCUCGGCACGUGGUAUGGCAGCCCGAGCGUGAUUAACGAGCGCAUUGCUGCAGGCAACGAAAUCGUCGAUGCCAUCAAGGCUGUCAACAGGAUCCAGCACAUAGAGACGUUUGAUGCCGUUCUUGCCGACGAGAUCGGCGGUGGAAACGGCCUCUCGGCCCUUCCUGUCGGCACUUACUUUGACGUUCCGGUCCUGGAUUGCGAUGGCAUGGGGAGAGCCUAUCCAACCAUGUAUCAUAUCACAUUCAGCGUGUACGGGCACGAAAUGACGCCUGCCGUCAUCACAGACGCCCGCGGGAACGCUGUUGUCGCCAUGGGAGUCGACAGCGCAAAGCGCCUCGAGACGAUUUGCCGCAACGCAGCCGUAGAGCUCGGCCUCAGCUGCGCCUGCGGCACAAACCCCAUCUCGGGCGCCAUGGCAAAGAGCGUCGCGGUGCCCAACACGCUCUCCCAAAGCUGGUACCUGGGACGGGCUGUCCACCAAGCCAGGCGAGCCAAGACGAGCUACACGGACGCCAUCUUUGACGUCUGCGCCGGCAGAGUCCUCUUUACCGGGAAAAUCGUCGACGUCCAGCGCCACCUCGACGGCGGCUACACCAUGGGCGCCGUUGUCCUGGCCCCCUUUGCCGCCGACGAGCGAGACGCCGAGUCCAAACCCCCCCAGCCCGACGGCCACAUGAUCAUCCCCUUCCAGAACGAGUACCUGUACGCGGCGCUCUGCGACGAGGCGGGCUCCCCGGAAUCGCAGCAGGUCGUCGCCACCGUGCCCGAGCUGAUUUCCAUUCUCGGCCACGACGGCGAGGCCAUUGGCUCCCAGGACCUGCGGUUCGGCCUGCGCGUCAGCGUCAUUGCCCUGCCUGCCCAUCCGCUGUGGAAGACGGACGCGGCCAUGGCCAUUGGCGGCCCGGCAGGGUUCGGCUUGAAGAUGGACCCGGUGGACGGCGGUGUGCCGUUCACCGAGCCGCGGAGCGUGAUUGACGAGUUUAACGUGUGA